UUUUAAAAAGAAACGUUAUCUACUUUUUGGGAAAAGAAUAAUAGUUACAGUACGAAAAGCACCAUUUCCCUUCUCUUUAUCGUCCACCAACUCACUUUUUCUUUUCGCAAACAAAAAAGUAAUGGACACCUAUAGCGACGGCGAUGCAACUUCAACUCCAUCGUUCCGAUACAGGUGGGAUGUAUUCUUAAGCUUUAGAGGCGAAGACACACGUCAUACUUUCACUGAGAAUCUCUACCGAGAACUCAUAAAGCACGGAGUCCGCACUUUUCGCGACGAUGAGGAGCUGCAAAGAGGUGACGAGAUCGCUCCUAGCUUACUGGACGCUAUAGAAGAUUCAGCAGCAGCUAUUGCUGUUAUUUCAAAAAGAUAUGCAGAUUCUAGGUGGUGUCUUGAGGAGCUCGCGAGAAUAAUUGAGUGUAGACGGUUGUUGUUGCUUCCUGUGUUCCAUCAAGUUGAUCCUUCUGAUGUGAGGAAACAAACGGGGCCGUUUGAGAGGGAUUUUAAGAGAUUAGAGGAAAGGUUUGGGGUUGAGAAAGUUGGGAGAUGGAGAAAUGCUAUGAAUAAGGCUGGUGGAAUCUCCGGUUGGGAUUCUAAAUUAUGGGAAGAUGAAAAGUUAAUUGAGUCUUUAGUCAAGAAUAUUUUGACUAAAUUAAGUAAUACUCCUCUUGGGAUACCUAAACAUCCUGUUGGACUUGAUUCCCGUCUUCAAGAAUUGAUGAAUAUGCUGGAUAUUAAGGGCAAUGGUGUCAAAGUUAUGGGAAUUUAUGGCAUGGGUGGUGCUGGUAAAUCUACCCUUGCAAAGGCGCUCUUCAACAAACUUGUUAUGCAUUUCGAACGCCGAAGCUUUAUCUCUAAUAUCAGAGAGACUUCAAACCAAAAGGAUGGUUUGGAUGCCCUUCAAAAAAGACUUAUUCGUGAUCUUUCUCCAGAUUCAGCAGCAAAUGUAUCGUUAAGAGAGGUACUCCAGACACAAAAACCUGUCCUUAUAGUUCUGGAUGAUAUUGAUGAUACAAUUCAACUUCAUCUCUUAGCUGGUAAAAGACGCUGGAUUUAUGAAGGAAGUCGAAUCAUCAUUACCACAAGAGAUAUACAAACCAUACGUGCGGGCAUUGUGGAUGUUGUUUAUGAGAUGAGAGGGCUAGAUUUUCCCGAGGCUGUUCAGUUAUUUAGUUAUCAUGCAUUUGGAAGAGAGAAACCCUUACCUGAAUUUGCAGAUAUCUCUCAGAAAAUUGUGUCUCGCACAGGAAAUCUGCCUUUGGCUUUGGAAGUUUUUGGUUCCUCUCUCUUUGACAAGAGGACAAAAAACCUGUGGGUAGAGGCUUUUGAAAAGCUGGAACAGAAUCCUCCUGGACCUGGUCGACUUCAAGAGGUGUUAGAAAUAAGUUUCAAUGGGUUAGACGACCAACAGAAGUGUGCAUUCCUUGAUAUUGCAUGUUUCUUUAUUAAACAGACGAUGGAGAAAGAAGAAAUUGUUUACGUAUUGAAAGGUUAUGGAUUUGCUGCGGAGACAUUAAUCAGAGACCUUGCAGCCAAAUCUCUGAUAAAAAUUAUCGAGAAUGAUUUCUUGUGGAUCCAUGAUCAACUCAGGGACAUGGGAAGACGAAUUGUUCAGCGUGAAAGUCCUGAUCCUGGUAAUCGCAGCAGGCUCUGGGAUUUUAAUGAUAUUCUCAGUGUACUGAAGAAUGAGAAGGGAACAAGGAAUAUUCAAGGUAUCGCGCUUGACAUUGAAACAAAUCGGUAUGAGGCUAGCACUGGAGAUAUAUAUUGGAUGAACUUUAGAAGGAGGCCUACUUUUAAUUCUGCAAUUAUGUACUUGAAGGAGAUUUAUAAAAAUCGAUUUCAUAAUGGAGCUGCGAACAUUAUCCUGAAAACAGAGUCAUUUAAGCAGAUGGUUAACCUGAGGUAUCUUCAGAUCAAUGACGUGGUAUUGAAUGGGAAUUUCAAACAAAUGCCUGCUGAAGUAAAAUUUCUGCAAUGGAGAGGGUGCUCUUUGGAAAAUCUUCCUUCUGAGUUUUGCAUGCAGCAUCUUGCUGUUCUUGAUCUUUCACACAGCAAAAUUAGAAAAUUGUGGAAACAAAGCUGGUGUAGUUUGCUUGCCGAUAACAAGAGAGCUGAAAGGUUGUUGCUUUUGAAUCUGCAAAAUUGCUAUCAUCUGACUGCUCUUCCUGAUCUAUCUGUUCAUUCUGCUCUGGAGAAACUUAUUCUUGAGAAUUGCAAGGCACUGGUUCAGAUUCACAAAUCAGUGGGCGACUUGAAGAAACUUAUUCAUUUGAACCUGAAAGGCUGUUCAAACCUUACCGAAUUUCCAAGUGAUGUCUCUGGAUUAAAGCUUCUUGAGAUCCUGGAUCUCACUGGUUGCCCAAAGAUAAAACAAUUACCUGACGAUAUGAGAAGUAUGAAAAACUUGCGAGAGCUUCUCCUUGAUGAGACAGCUAUAGUUAAACUACCUGAUUCCAUAUUUCACCUGAAGGAACUUCGAAAAUUAAGCCUAAAAGGCUGUUGGUUACUGAGACAUGUUUCCGUGCACAUAGGGAAGUUAACUUCACUACAGGAGCUUUCUCUUGACAGUUCAGGAUUGGAAGAAAUACCAGAUUCUAUAGGAUCAUUGUCAAACCUUGAGAUACUAAAUCUCGCGAGGUGUAAAUCACUUAUUGCAAUUCCUGAUUCUAUUAGCAAUCUUGAAUCAUUAAUUGAUCUCCGUCUUGGGAGUAGUUCAAUCGAAGAAUUGCCAGCUUCCAUUGGUUCAUUAUGUCAUUUGAAGAGUUUGUCGGUUAGCCAUUGUCAAUCUUUAAGCAAACUCCCUGAUUCGAUAGGAGGUUUGGCAUCAUUAGUUGAGCUUUGGUUAGAAGGAACAUCAGUCACAGAAAUACCAGAUCAGGUUGGCACCUUGAGCAUGCUUCGGAAGCUUCACAUUGGAAACUGCAUGGACCUUAGAUUUUUACCAGAAUCAAUCGGGAAGAUGCUGAAUUUAACUACUUUAAUAUUGGAUUAUUCCAUGAUUUCAGAGCUGCCGGAAUCCAUAGAAAUGUUGGAAAGCCUUAGCACGUUAAUGUUAAAUAAGUGCAAGCAGCUCCAAAGACUACCAGCCUCAAUUGGAAAUUUAAAAAGACUACAGCAUCUUUAUAUGGAAGAAACUUCUGUCUCAGAAUUGCCUGAUGAAAUGGGGAUGCUCUCAAACCUAAUGAUAUGGAAAAUGAGAAAACCACACACUCGACAGCUGCAGGACACCGCCUCAGUUCUUCCAAAGUCAUUGUCAAAUCUCUCCUUACUUGAACAUUUGGAUGCUUGCGGAUGGGCAUUCUUUGGUGCAGUUCCAGAUGAAUUUGACAAGCUAUCAUCGCUGCAAACAUUGAACUUCAGCCACAACAGUAUCUGCUGCCUUCCAUCUAGACUGAGGGGCCUUUCAAUUCUCAAAAAUCUAAUCUUGGCCGAUUGCAAACAGCUCAAGUCUCUUCCUCUACUUCCCUCAAGUUUGGUUAAUUUGAUUGUUGCAAAUUGUAAUGCGCUGGAAAGUGUUUGCGAUCUGGCAAACUUGCAGAGUUUACAAGAUCUUGACCUAACAAAUUGCAAUAAAAUAAUGGAUAUCCCGGGGCUGGAAUGCUUGAAGUCUCUCAGGAGGUUGUACAUGACUGGCUGCUUCGCGUGUUUUCCAGCAGUCAAGAAAAGACUUGCUAAGGUUGCUUUGAAGCGCUUGCUCAAUUUGAGCAUGCCAGGAAGAGUACUCCCGAAUUGGUUUGUUCAGGAAAUUCCAAGAUUCUCAACCCCUAAAAACCUUGAUAUCAAAGGUAUAAUUGUAGGUAUUGUCGUGUCCCUUGACCAACAAACAAGCGACAGAUUUAGAGACGAGCUACCCGCCAUAGUUGACGUUCAGGCAAAGAUUUGCAGACUCGAAGAUCCAAUAUACACCACCACACUAAAGUUAAGAGGAGUACCAAACACAGAUGAGGAUCAGCUCUACUUGUGUCGUUAUUUUGAGUUUCAUUCGCUGGUGUUUAUGCUGAAAGAAGGUGAUAAAAUACAGAUAACAGUCCGAGAGAGACCGUAUUUUAAUGGGCUUAGAUUGAAAAAAUAUGGGAUUCAUUUGAUUUUCGAAAAUGACGAUGACAUUGACGAUGCCGAUGAAGAAUCACUAGAUGAAUCUCAGUGGUCAGUAUCAUGGAAGUUGGCCAAAUUUAUUGGGUCCCUGGAAUGAAUUACACUGCUACAUUGGCUCAUAAGUAGACAUUCACACCUUUUAUAUUCUUUAACAGCACUUGAUACUGCUGUUAAAUGUUUAUUUGCUAAUUAAUCCAAGCAGUUAAGGAGCUUGCGCUUCUUGUUAACUAUC